AUGGCCAAGGCUGAAUUGGCUAAUAGGGAGCUGAAAAGAAUCUUGGAGAAGACAGUUGGAGCCACAAGGAAGGACUGGGCAAGAAAACUGGAUGAUGCCCUGUGGGCAUAUAGAACCGCAUUCAAAACUCCAAUUGGAAAAUCACAUUUUCAGCUAAUCUAUGAAAAAUCGUGUCACCUUCCUAUGGAGCUAGAACACAAAGCAUACUGGGCCACUAAACUCCUUAAUCUUGACUCUCAAGCAGUAGGAGAGAAAAGGUUAUUGCAACUCAAUGAGUUGGAUGAGUUCAUAUUGGAAGCUUAUGAGAAUGCUAAGAUAUACAAGGAGAGAGCUAAAAGAUGGCAUGACAAGAAGAUCACAAGAAAAGAGUUUGAGCCAGGGCAACAUGUGCUGGUAUACAACUCCAAGCUCAAGAUUUUUCCUGGGAAACUCAAAUCUAAAUGGACUGGACCUUUUCUGGUGACCAAUGUUUCUCCAUAUGGAAGUCUUGAACUUCUAAAUGAAGCCACAAAGGAUACAUUCAUGGCGAAUGGUCACAAAGCCAAGCACUACCUGGGAGGAUCUUGGAACAAGGAGGAGAGUAUGCAUGAACUGAGCUGA